CUGUUUCUAAAUAAUUUUAUCAGUUGAUUUGUUGGUAGUAGUCUAUACCUUGGGCAGGCGCGUUUAGGUGAUAUUACGAACUCAACCUAUUCAUCAUCAUCACAUGUUUUGAAAGUGAAAGUAGUGGGCUGUAUGUUGUUCAGAAAGGUGCUUACGAAAUAAAAUUAAGUUUUUAUCUUAGAACUUUUUACCGAUGAUUCCUUUUUAGUUACAGAAUCAAAUUGUAAUUUAUUCUCUUUAGACGUUUCUAAAAUAAUAUUGCUGUCAAUAAUGUAGGAAUUUUGUUUCCUAUACUGAAUUCUACUGAUAGUUGGUGAUAAUUCUUUCAUGAUUAAGGGCAAUAUACAUCAUACACUUUUAUGGAAAUGGAAACGCCGGCUAACACAUCUAAUAAUGAACCAGAGAGUCCUAUUUCUUUGAGUCGCUUUAAUAUUAAACCUAUACCACCUAGAGUUCAACAAACAUAUUUUGGAAAAAUUCGAGCUUUCAAUACUUUCUCCAUUUUGGAAUGGGUGUAUCUGGCAAUUGCUAUAAUAGCUCUUACUGCUUCACUUGGGAUAACUAUCCAAAGACUGACGGUUGAAAAAACUGAUCAGAGUGAUUUUACAUUUGCUCUUCUUUUACUACUAACCAUAGUGUUUUGCUAUCACUAUGUCAUUCAUUCUAUAUUUACUGAAAGAUGGGACGAGUUGAUGGUUUUUGUAGUUAGCAAUGUCAUUGUUUUGUCAUAUUGCAUAGCAAACUAUGUGAGCCAUGAAAGAGACACUAUAAAACUUAUUCGCUUGAUAUUCAUCUGUGUUUGCAGUCCAUUUUUAAUUGGCGUUGGAGUGUUUCAAUGCCUGCGAUAUUGCCGUUCGAAUAAUUUGAUAUAUAAUACUGUUGGUGCCAUUUCUUCUUUGCAGAGUUCGUGUAGAUUAUAUUACAUUUGUAGCUCAUUGCUAAAAUUUGAUUUGCAACUUCAGCUCAGUAUGUUGAUUUUAGUCAUGGGUAGAGGAGUGGCUAAUAUGGACUUAGAACAGAAAGUUAUUCUUGGAUCUGGAGUGCCUGUUACAUUCCUUUUCUUCUUUGUUGGUAUGUUAGGUUUGCGGUAUGAAAACAGAUCUUUGAUGGUUAUAUUUUAUAUCUUGGCUCUUUUUGAACCUGGUUACAUUGUUUACAAAUUUUAUUAUACUGUAACAAAUGAAUCAGAAGUUGAUGCUAUUUAUGACAGCACCUUUGUAUGUGGAUAUUUUGCAUUGGUUAUAUGGUUGCUAUUGAUUUGCUCCACAGUUUAUUUUGCUUUUUACUACUUUGGAAAAGGACUCAAGGAAAAAAUGUUUGAAGACAGUGGGGGAUCACAACCAAGGAGGUUCACCAGCACAUUCAGUGAAGCAACAACUUCAGAAAAUGUCAGUGUCACUCAAGAACCUUAAAAUGGCUUUGUAUUGAUAUCUAAACGUGACAUUACUAACAUAUUAGAGAGAUAUUUUAAAAAUCAUGUUGGUUAUUAGAGAAUAAUUGUUUGAAGCCUUGUUUUUCAACUUUUCUUUAUAUUGUUUUUCUACUGGUUUAAAUAUGGUGAAAUUGGAAUCACAAAGAUUUUAGAAAGCUGAUUGUACUAUUUGUAAAUUUUUUUUUAUGAAAGAUAAAAAUUAAAAAAAUAUUAAGAGCACAUAUAGUUAGAUGUGAAGGUUGUUUAAAGUGGUUUUAGUUUAAAAAAAAAGUUGAAAAUUUUUUACUGAAAUUAAUUUGAAAUUAUGAGAUAAAUGUAUUAAAUUUAAAAAAAAAUAAAAAAGAAUUUGAAUUAAAACUGAGUUAUUUAAAAAUUUCAAUAUGCUAUAUUUAAAAAUAAAAAAGUUAAAUAUCGAUUGAAAAAUUCUUUUAUUAAAGAAAUAUUUGGAAUUAUAAAUUUAAUUACUUUUAUUUUUGUAAAUAUAAAAUGAAUAAAAUUUUGAUUUUUUAAGCAAAUUUUAUUUUUAAUUUGAAAUAAAUGCUUGUGAUAUUUCUCGUAGUUCGAUCCAGUAGUUUAAAAAUACUGAGGUCACAUGAUUCAAAUGUAGCAUGAUCCAAAAAUAACACUUCCUGUUAUUUAUUUUAUCAUGAUGCUCAACAGAAAUUUAUAUAUAUAUUUUUAUUACAAUAGAAUGAAAAAAUUACUUGUAGGUAUUAUUUAGUCAACAAGUAAUUAACCACCAUAUCAAAAAAGUAUUAACCCUUUUACCAUACAUGAACUAUGUAUAUUGAUUAUAUUUUGGUUAAUUUUACUUACUUAGGAAAAGGUACUUUAAAAUCUGUAUAAAAUAUUUUAUUUAGCUAGUUUCAGUAUCAUUUGAGAAUGAUUGUAGAUUUUUCGAAGGAAUUAAAUAAUUUUUCCGUACUUUCUUUUUAUGUAUUUAAAUAUAUUUGUUAUAUUGAAUUGUAGAAGUGAUUAAUUCUAAUUUAUUAUUAAAUGAACAUAGAAAGAAAAUGAAUAUUUUUAAUGAUUCCCAUUCUUAUAAAUUUAUAAGUAGCAUUUAUGAAUGGACUCUAUGGGAAAGUGGUCAAGGUCAGCCAUUACAACAAAAUUUGAAAUUUAAAUUUUAAGAUAAUAUUAAAAGAGUAUUUUUUUCUUCUUAAAUUGGGAUGUUUGAUCUAAAAUAAUUUUACUUAAAAUCAUUUAAUACUGAUUAAAAGAGAUAAAGCUUACAAUCUAUUUAAUUUGUAUUGUUGGCAUAAGGAAGAUUUAAAGUUUCAAUCGAGUUAGAAAAUCUGAAAAAAAAUUCUUGCUUUAUAAUGAUAUUUUGGAUGUACUUUUUUUGAUUUAAGGAAAAUUAAUUAAAUUUUAUAAACUUUCAAGCAUAGAUAAUUUUAAAGUGACCAAUUUCAACCAAUAUAUUAUCUAAUGUGUUUAUAUGGUAGUGCUCAUAUUGUGUUGAUAAUUUCAUUGUAUAUUUUAUAAAAAUUAUAAUAAAAAAUGAUCUUUUCGCAUGUGUAUUAAGAUAUAUAAGACUGUGAUAUAAACAACUUAUUUAUAAGAUCCUCUAUUUUUGAAAAAUGAGAGAUAUUUUUAAAGUUAGUGAAGAGAAUUUUAAAACUAAAUACAGGCAUACUAUAUGAAGAGUUUUAUAAAUUUAAAUUUUGAUGGCACCCCAAAUGUGUUAUUGUUUGUAAUUUAAAAUACACUUAUUUAUUUUAAAAAUCAGUCUACAAUGAUUUACGGCAUAUCUUGUAUAGAAUUCAAAAUUAAUGUGUCAACUGUAAUUUUUUUACAUUGUAUUUUAUCAUGAAAUAUGUAACUAAGUAAAGAAUUUGUUAUUCGAAGUUAACUGUAAAGGUUUUAAGUGAUAUUUCUUAUAGAAUGAACAUUUUGCUGGGAAACUAUGCAUUAAUAACUUUAUAACAUUUUAACUAGGCAAAAAUAAUUCAUUUUUCUAAAUUAUUAAAUUUUGGAGAUCUCAGUAAAUGAAGGCAUUAAGUAACAAUCUUAGAGUUAUUUCAAUGUAAUGCAAGAUUCCAAGUGCAUUUGACAACAAUUAAUUCAUAAGUAAUCUUUAAAUGCUGUCUUUUGGCAACAAAUUAAAACUCUAAGAGUUGUACAAACUCUCUUAAGCAAAUAAACUUAGGGAUACAUAGAUGUCACUUAUUGUAAGCUUGCAGGCACCAGAGAAAUGGAAGAUGCAAUUUUCAAAGUAUUAACUUUAAAGUUAAUUUGUUCAAAUUCUUUUAAUAUCACUUUAACCUUUCAUCCAUUCAGCUCUUUGUCCACAGUAUUUUAUAUUGUUAUAUUAAUGAAAACUCUCUGAAAACAUGUUAUUUCUGAAGCGGUGAAAAAUGUUCUUAAUAAAACAACUCAGUAUUAAAACGUGUAAGUACAAAAACAGUUUCUUUUUGCUUUUUACCAUAUGGUUAAUUUUCUUUCCUUUUAUCAUGUUUGUUUUUUUGCUGUAUUAUUAGUUAGAGUUUAGAUAAUGAGCAUCUUAAUUUCCUCGGUAUUGUACUUGGAAAAAUCAAAUUAGAAUGCUUAAAAACAUCAGGAAGACGUGAGAUGUGUUCAAUUACAUUAAUAUCAACUGAAAAAUGAUUUACAAUAUCUAUCAUGAAAACUUUUAAUUUAUCCAGUUAACGUAACCUAAAAUUAUCUUAUUUUCCAAGAAUAGAAGCAUUCUUAUAAUUGGAGAGGAGGCGGUAGAAUGUCAAGUUUUCUAAUAAGAAAAUUAAUCUCUAAGUUUUUGAACAAAUAUAAUACUUUUCUUCCUGAUUUGGAAAUUACUAAAAAAAAAAAAAGAAAUGCACAUUUAAAUGAACAUAAUUUCUAGCAAAUAAAUAAAGAACAGUUAUUAAAAAGUAAUUUUCAUAUGCAUGGCAACAAUUAUAUUUCGUAGUGGUACAUAAGAUGAAUCUAAAUUGUUUUUACAAAAUGAGAGGGAUGAUAGUACCUAUUGAGGCGAGCAAUAUUUAUCGCAAAAUCAUCCCCUUUGUCGCAUUCCACUUUGAAAGGCAGAAAAGAGCAAAGUCAUUGCGAACCUAUUGUUUGGCUUUUUUGCUCACCAGACCUUAUACCCCUGGACUUUUUCUUCUAGAGGCACAUGAAAUCUUUAGUGUAUAAGAUGCCUGUGUGCUCCUCUAAGGAAUUCAUAGUGAUAGUUGUUGUGAUAGACAAAAUUAACACAACACCAGGAAUCUUCAAGAACAUGUGUCCUUCUUAUAGUGUGAAACGUGCAACGACAUGCGUGGCAAACGUUUUCAGCACUUACUAUGCUUUUUUUAAUGAAUAAAUCAGAAUUGCCAACUUUUCUUUCGUUUCCCUGACACUGUUGUGAGUUAUUCUUGAAAUUCUAUUUUUAUUCAUUUCUGACUCUCAGAGUGAAAUAGACACUGUAUAUCAUGAUUAUUAUUGCUUGACUCAAUAAGUACUUUCUCCUCAUAUUUUGUAAAAAUGACUCACGAUGCUUUAGGUUAUGAAUGUUUAAAUUAUAAUUACUCCAAAAUAAACAUGUAUCUGUAUAUUUUAAAAUCGUACUCAGGAUUCUUCAUAAUAAUUAUUGUUCCGUAUUUGCUGCAUAUUUUAAAAAAUGAUGAUCAAUUUAUGUUAAUUAUAUUUUUGCAUAAGUAGGGGAAAGUGGGGUUAAGAUCAGGUACCUGAGACUCAAAAGCCUGCUGGAGCUAUACUAUUCGUCCCAGAAACUGUCAGAUAUUUAUUAUAUAGUCAUGUACAGCAUAUAAUUUUUAAAAAUUGAUAGAUGCACUGCUUUAUUAUAAAGGAUUUUUUUUCUAGAAAAAGUCAUUUCACAUGGUUUUACAGGUGCACCCCACUAAUGGGAUAAGACUGGAGGUACAUGUUAACUCUGUAGGAAAUUUAGAAAUAACAGAAUUCCAGUGAAAAAGUAGUAGGUAUUUUAAUUUUAUGUGACGAUUUAAGAAUAUGUAUGUAAUUUACAAGUGAGGGUUUUCUUCUAUUGCACCGUAAUUUUCGUGGGUCCAGCAUAGAUACGUAUCAAGAAAAGAAGAGGUCAAGACCGGGUAGUACGUGGUCUUACCCCAAGAGCAGAAACAAAACAAAAAGGAACGAAACAAAGGUAUCGAAACAAAAAGGAACAGCUCUACUACUAGAAUAAAUCCUUAUUAUUUCUUAGAGUAUGAAUCUAUAGUAAACGUAUAAUAAGCUGGACUAAAAAUAAUUUGAAUAACUCUAAUGACCAAUAAGUAAGGAUAGUUUAAAAACGAAAGAACAUUAGAGAUUUAACAUAGUGAAACAAACUUAUCUACCCAGUUGCCGUGAAUUUAUUAGCAAAUACUACUUAACUAAAGUAACAGACGCGACAGCUCUUAGAGGGCCAACUGUGUUUUUCUCAGUUUUCUUGACCAUUGUCUUUGAUGUGCAGGAUCAUAUGUUCCGGUUGGGUGGUCAGCCAAAACGGAACCCCCUGUGUUUAGUCCCCGAGCAUGCUUGGUACUCAUUUUAUCGACC